AGCGUGGUGAGCCAGCCGCGAGGAGGCAGACAAAGCUCAUUAGUUAGCUAGAUGGAAGGAUGACACAUGCGACUGGCAGCCGGGGGUGGGAAAAGAGAGCCAGCUCUGGGUGUAUUAUAGACCAAAGGACAUUAACAGCCGGCGAGACAGGAUAGGCGCAAAAAAAAAACAAAGAAGUGCUUGCUAGGGCAGGGGCUCAAGGAGUGACUAGAACUAGUAACAGAAAAAGCAUACAGUUGGAAUAUGUGGGACGGGGUGCGCAAAAAAAAAAAGAGCAAGAAAAAAAAAAGAGGAGCUGCAAGUCAAGGUAAUGCAGGAAACGCGGAACCCAGAGGCUAUAAGAGAACCAAAUUCAGUCUACGAGGCAUCAUCCAUGAAGUGGUCAAUAACUCAGCACGGUGGAGAAUGCGCGCCGCCCUGCGCAAGCCAAGAGACAGGGACAGUUCGAGUUGUGGUAGUAACCAGCCCCAGUCAGGGCAGCAGGGCCAGGGAGCCAUGGCCUAGGGAGUCUCCAAUCGCGCUGCAGGCCAGGGACGGGGAUGGAUGGGGCCAGGCCAGCCCCAGACGCGACUUGUCAUCGAGCGAGAAUACGCCGCUGGGCCACAAAAAAAGUAACAUUCUGGCUUUUUUGACACUCGCCUCGAUGGGAGAUUCCGCUACCGCCAGAUCUCAUAUGCUGCUCUUCUUCCCCACACUGGAGGGAGGGGCCCAACAGAAAAUAGAUCAGCCAGUCGAUCACGACGGGAAGCUCUGUUCCAGGUCCAACCAGUCAUCUGUCGGACAUCCCGUCUUGGGUUCGGUCAUCCGGGACCGUAUUUAUGAUUGA